AUAUUGUGCCCAAGGCCAAGUUAUCAGGACUUGAAACGUUUCUUCAAGUCGAGCUGAACCGUGAUGUCCAUCCGGGGAGGAGAAUUCUGGUGUCGCUAUGUGAACAAGGUGACAGCCUUAUCCUUCGCAUGUCAGCGUUUGUUUCACACCCAUCCUGGUCUAAUCUUCCCAGCAAAAGCACCCAACUGGACAGCCGACAUUCAUGUCCAUGUCCACCGAAAAGAACAGUGACACCCAAGCAGGUGAGGAGGUCGAGCGGUAUUCCGUCUUCACGCCCGUCGAAAAAUGGUGCAUUGUGGCCAUGGUGUCGUAUGCGGCAUGGUUCUCGACCCUGAGCAGCUUCAUCUACUACCCAGCAAUCCACUCAAUUGCACAGGCUCUGUCAGUAUCCGUCGACAAGGUCAAGCUCACUGUGACAUCCUACCUGGCUGUCGCGACCAUAGCACCGACUCUCUUGGGCGACGCCGCCGAUACUCGAGGUCGACGGCCAGUCUACUUGAUUGCGCUCGGCCUGUAUUUUGUUGCCAACAUUGCAAUCGCUCUCUCCAGGACGUACGAUGCGCUCCUCGGCCUGCGGAUUUUGCAGGCUGCCGCAAUCUCUGGAACUUUCUCCAUCGCCUACGGUGUGCUCACCGACAUUGCUUCCCCUGCUGAGAGAGGUUCUUUUGUGGGCGCAGUUUCCUUCGCGAUCACAAUCGCCGCCAGUCUAGGCCCCAUACUGGGAGGUAGCCUGACCUAUGCCGCCGGCUGGACCUGGAUAUUCUGGUUUCUAGCCAUUGCCUCAGGUCUCUGUUUCUCGGUCAUGCUGUGUUUGCUACCCGAGACCGCUCGCAACAUUGUCGGAAACGGAUCGGUCAUGCCACCGAAGCAUCUUCGCCUGCCUAUCUCAACGUCAUUGAUGUGCCAUUGGCAAGACUCCAACGAUGCAGCAAGGCAGACAUGGCGCAUCCCGAAUCCGUUGAAGUCCGUGACAAUCCUCUUACGGAGAGACAAUGCGACCAUAAUGUUUGCUUGUGGGCUGCUCUACGUGGUCUAUACAUGCAUCAACACCUCGCUCUCGACGUUGUUCAUCCAAAUCUACGAGCUGAAUCAGUGGCAGGCCGGCCUCAUAUAUCUUCCAUUUGGGCUUGGUGGGACGGCGUCUACCUUUUUCGUUGGUCGCUUGUUGGAUGGUGCAUACCGUCGGGCAAGGACUAUGCAAGGCCUACCUACGGAUAAAGCAGUCGGAGACGACUUGGACGAUUUUCCAAUCGAAAGGGCUCGGCGCAGUGUUAUAUGGAUACCUCUGCUGGUGACAGCAGCCUCCGUGGUGGCUUUAGGCUGGGUUUUACACUAUGGAAAGCACAUUGCCAUCCCACUUUGCCUACAAUUUGUCGCAGGUUUGUGUAUGCAACUGGAUUUCAGUAUCUACAACACUUUACUUGUCGACAAAAACCAUCGAUCACCUGCGGCGGCUCAGGCAUCUAGCAAUAUCGUCCGCUGUACGCUGGCCGCAAUCACGGUAUCCGUCCUCCAGAAGAUGGUCAACGCAAUAGGAGUCGGCUGGACAUUCACGCUUAUGGGCGGCUUGUGUCUCGUUGGGACUGCUCUUUUCUUUGUUGACUAUCAGCACGGAUUUUCGUGGCGGCAGGAAUUGAGACUUCCUCUAGCUGACGUCUCAGCAAGAUGCAAUACACAGCACAGGACGCUCUGCAGGUAGAUACGAAUAUAUUAGACCAAGUCUGCGCAACUAACAACAGCCACUUCGCCAUUCUUCAGGCACAGGAACGACCGUUUUACAAGCCAAACACAGGACAGAGCCAAGGGAUCUCUGUUUUUCCAGUCUCUGAGAGGAAGAAAAGGCCACCUCGGCAGGCGUGCCACCCGUCCCCAAGCCUGCGUUCCCCAGCAUAAGCGUGACUGCACAGCGACAUCACUCAGUGGCCGAAAGAAUGGUAGAGAGAAUGGCGGCGUCAGCUGUGGAAUACUUCGGUGGAAGCAUGGUGGAAUUCUGUGGUCUGAGCGGCUGAUUUCGACCCUCCCCUUGCAUCUACCCUGCUGUUCCUCAAGAAGGUAUGUUUGGCCCGCUGGUUCCCGAACAGAGACAUAAAGAAUGCGGAUC